AUGAGUUUAGAAACUUACACCGAUAGCGAAUUUGAUGUAAAAAUAAUCGUUGGAAAUGGACGAAAUACUAAAGAAUUUAAAGCACAUUCAACUAUUUUAAGUUCACGUUCUCUUUACUUUCAAAGAGCUUUAUCCGAGCGAUGGAAUAACAAGAAACAUGGUUUUUAUGUUUUUAAAAAUCCAAAUAUUUAUCCAAAUACUUUUAAGAUUAUUCUUGAUUACAUUUAUAAAGAAGAAACUAAAUUACAAGCAUCUGCCGAAACUUGUUUAAAUUUACUGGCUGCAUGUGACGAACUUGAACUUCUUGAUCUUGCGGAAUAUCCAUCAAAUCCAAUAUUAAGUAGAGUGAAUACAGAAAGAAAUGAUAAUGCUAUCUGGAGCGAUAAAUAUCAUGGGCCUUGUUUUGGAGCUUUAGAUUUACAUAUGAAUUUAGAUCGUUGGAGUUUUACACAUGCGGAUUAUUAUUAUAGAAUAACCAAUUCAAGGCAGUUUACUGUUGAUGAAUAUGAAGUUUUUGCAGUUGAUAAUUUUAAUCAAGGAAUAAUAAGUGUAGUGCUAAAAAAGAUUCUGGAGUUUCUGGAGUUGGCAGA